CUGCUGUGGCGCAGCACGGAGACGCCGGACGCCGCCGCCGCCGCAGGGCCCCCUCCCCUCUUCCGCCCUCCCUCCCUGCGGGUGGCGCCUCCCGCCCCCCUCAGAGCUGCUGGCCGCGGGGAAGGGGGCAGGGGGGGGCGGGGAGGGGGCGAGCGCGAUGAGGAAAAAUAAAAAGAGAAUCCAUAAACGCACACCGAACCUGCCUCUGGGAGGGAGAUAGCCAGGUGAAUACAUCCUCCGGUUUCCAUGGACAACCCGUCCAUUAUCACCCAGGUGACUAACCCCAAAGAGGAAGAAAUCCUGUCUUGCGCUCAGGAUAAAGUGUCUCAAUGUAAUCUCAGUUUGAAGAAGCAAAGGAGUCGAAGUAUUUUUAGCACUUUGUUCUGCUGCUUUCGGGACUACAAUGUCGAGUCGCCGUCUCCCAACAGCAUCAGCGUCCUUCCUCCAUUGGUGGAAGAGAAUGGCGGGCUUCAGAAGGGUGACCAGAUGCAGGUCAUUCCCAUUCCAAGUCCACCAGCUAAAUACCUCCUACCAGAAAUGACAAUAUCCGAUUAUGGAAAGAAGUGUGUGGUCAUUGAUCUAGACGAAACACUAGUGCACAGUUCAUUUAAGCCAAUCAGCAACGCUGACUUCAUCGUUCCUGUUGAAAUUGAUGGAACGAUACAUCAGGUUUAUGUAUUGAAGCGACCGCACGUAGAUGAGUUCCUCCAGAGGAUGGGAGAGCUCUACGAAUGUGUGCUGUUCACAGCCAGUUUAGCAAAGUAUGCAGACCCAGUGGCGGACUUGUUGGAUCGCUGGGGCGUGUUCAGGGCCCGUCUCUUCAGAGAAUCCUGCGUUUUCCACAGAGGGAAUUACGUGAAGGACCUCAGCCGGCUGGGGCGAGAGCUGAGCAAAGUUAUCAUAGUCGACAACUCCCCCGCAUCGUACAUCUUCCAUCCAGAAAAUGCAGUGCCUGUGCAGUCCUGGUUCGAUGACAUGACGGACACAGAGUUGUUAGACCUUAUUCCCUUCUUCGAAGGACUAAGCAAAGAGGAGGAAGUCUAUACGAUGCUUCAUAAACUGUGCAACAGGUAGCCAAUCCCAACCCGACCGGCUUCUCUGCCGCAGGACACACCUACCGGUCUCAACGCAGCUUCAAGGAGGCCUCUCCCGUCAAAGAGCCGUGCUGCUCUCCGAUCUUCCUCUCCACAUGCUGGACCUGAAGGACAAUCAUGGGUGGAUGCGACUCAGUCUUGGGAGUCCUGAUGCCGUAAAGGUGAUAGAACUACUUUUUAAACAAAAACAACAACAACAACAAAAUUAAAGAAGCUAUUUUGAAUGGGACUGUUUUAAUGAAUUUCAUAAGCGGACGCGUUUUACAGAAUCAGCUUUUUUUCUUAAAACAUGCCAAAAACAAUUUAAAAGCUUGAUGUUAUUUCAGCAAGUCGACUUCUCCUCUUUCCUCCUCGCCCCGCCCUGCUAUGCAGACCAUUUUGACCCUUCCCCCGCACCCACCCCCGCUUAUGGAGCAGUUGAGCUGACUCUGGACUUUCUUUCUUCCAUAAUGAAGUGCCUUUUUGAAUGUUGUUUUAAGAUUUAAAAAAAAAAAAAGAAAUCAUUUUUGUAUAAGGCAUAUUUCCAGACAUCUUUUAGUCUUGUAUCGUUUAAAUGCUUUAAGUAGACAAAGACGAAGAAGAAAAUUGGAAAUCUUUUUAUAGAGCACUGUAAUAUAUUGGAAAUGAGGACAAAGUUGACAUAGGUUGUGGGGGUUCCUUUUCUGUCUCCGUGAUGACACUUGAGUUUCUAUUGGCUACGCUUUUAUCAUGUUGGAAAAGUUCCCUGAUUGUACAAGGAGGAAUUCAUCGAGGCUGUGCACAGUUUGGUGGUACAGCUGUCAUUCUGAUUCAGGAGGUGUUUCACACGUGGUUUAAACACUUUUUUUGUUGACUGAAUGUCAAGAAAGGGAAUGGAUACAUACAGUGGCAUGUUCUUUCUCAGCACUUCCAGAGUUGGGGGAUUACAGUCUUUUACUAACGCACAACUUCAGGUAUAUUUCUGUUGAGGCCGGCGAUGAAAUAAGAGAUCGAAGAAAAUUGGUUUAUCGUUUGCAGAUUCCUUCCCAAAGAGAGGAGUAUCCAGGUAUUCAAGAUAUUUGUUGAGCUUUCAGAAACAGGAGCCUGAGCCCUGCUGAAAGGAGCGUAAGAAAUCACUCGAGAUGUGAAAGUUUGCAGCCGCGGGAAAACAAAAUUGGGGGGGGGGGGCAAUAUUCCACUUUUCUAAAACGAGUCAACUUAGCACCGAAAAAUGCAUUUUGGUAUAGUCACGAAAUUCGAAAGCCUUCAUCUAAUUAAGAAUGAUUAGAAGUAAAAAAUCAGAAAUUAAUCCAGCAGCGAAGAUGGGGCCGCAGUCCCAAAGUAUUGCAAGUUGAAAAUUGAAACGUUCAUCGUUAUAGUAGACAAAGGAAGGUUUUAUAAUCGAGUGUUCGCCUGAGCAUUAUCAUGCAGAAGCGGAAGAAACUCUUUAGUCUUAGCGAUCGCAAAAAUAAACACGUACUGUAAUGAA